AUGAAGUUCACUCUCUUCCUCGCUGCCACCAGUCUUGCCCUCGCUGCUCCUGGCACCAAGCUCACUCCCCGUGACACUUCCCCCGUUGUCCCUCGCUCUGCCCGCCGAGCCAAGUACAGCUCUCACCCCAACCAGAGACUUUGGUCUCUUGACUCCGAGGCUCGCACCAAGAACGACCAGUACUCUGGCAACUGGGCUGGAGCUGUCCAGAUCGGCAGCGGAUACAACAAAGUCCAGGGCACCAUCACUGUCCCUGAGGUCAGCGGCGCCGACGGCGCUGCUGCCUCUGCCUGGGUCGGUAUCGACGGCGAUACCUGCCAGACUGCCAUUCUCCAGACUGGUAUCUCCUUCUACGCUGAUGGAUCCUUCGAUGCUUGGUAUGAGUGGAUUCCCGACUAUGCCUACAGCUUCAGCAACUUUGACGUCUCUGUCGGAGACCAGAUCCGCAUGACCGUUGAUGCUUCCUCCAAGACCAAGGGUGUUGCUACCCUUGAGAACUUGACCACCAACCAGAAGGUCACUCACAGCUUCACCAACACUCCUUCUACUCUCUGCGAGACCAACGCUGAGUGGAUUGUUGAGGCUUUCCAGGAGGGUGGUAGCCAGGUUGACCUUGCCAACUUUGGCACUGUCACUUUCACCAAUGCUGUUGUCUCUGGAACCAAGGGUACUUCUGGUCCUUCUGGUGCUCAGAUCAUUGACAUCUCUCCUGACCAGGGCCAGACUGUCCAGGCUGUUGGUUCUAUCACCAGCAACUCUGUUACUGUGAAGUAUGUUGGUAACUAGAGAUGAGGAGGAUUUUAGCUUGAUUGUUGACUGGAAAUUACUUGGAUGAGUUGCACGAAAUAAGAUGUGAAAGUUUG